AUGAUGUCCACGAUUCAUCAAGCACAAGGACUGGUUAUCUACCGCCCCCGACGCAAUCCAGCGACUAUAAUGAAACCUGUUUGUGUCAAAGAGUACACCCAGUACAAGGGAGGUGUAGAUAGAAUGGACCAAAUAUCAAAGUACUAUACAUCACUUCGUCGAAGUCUGAAAUGGUGGAGGAAACUUGCUUUCUUUUUGUUGGAGCUGGCAGCAACAAAUGCCUAUGUGCUGUAUCACAAAUUUGGAGAUCCAUGCGUAGCACAUGAAGAAGCUAUGGUUCAACUUGUGAAACAACUGGUUGCAGAAGGAAAAGCUGACAUGCUUGAAGAGCUGAUACGAAGACCAGGACGCCCAACAACCACUGGUGUAGCCAGAGAAGCAAGGCUCACCAACUGCCACUUUUGUGACCACAUUCCAUCGCAGCCAGGUGCCAACCGCAAACAUCCCAUGCGGGAUUGCGUUGUUUGUAAUCAACCAAAGAAACAAAGACAAAGGUGUAAAAGAAAGCAGACAACAUUCUGGUGCCCAGACUGCGCAGUGGUUCUCUGUGUACCUCUUUGCUUCAGACUCUAUCAUACUGUGGAAAACUACCAACUUGCCUAUCGGCGUCAGACACAGGCUGAUGGGGAUACUUAG